AUGCAAGAAGAUACACGAAUCGAUGGGUUUGAGCCAUUGCUCUCCCCGGAAUACAUCCAACGCCAAAUUCCUGCCUCAGCCACCUCACUCGCAACCGUAUCAUCUGGUCGGCAACAGGUCAUUGACAUCCUCAACCGACGAGAUGACCGGCUCCUCGUAGUCGUGGGACCAUGCUCAAUUCACUGCCCCCAAGAAGCACUGGAAUUCGCAUCUCGACUGCACGCCCUGUCAAAAAGGCUUUCAGCAGAGCUCUGCAUUGUCAUGCGGGCCUACCUUGAGAAGCCCCGCACCACAGUAGGCUGGAAGGGACUAGUCAAUGACCCGGAUCUUGAUGAAUCAUACAACAUCAACAAAGGACUCUGCGUCUCCCGCCAACUAUACUCUGACUUGACAAAAAUGGGAGUCCCUAUCGCAAGCGAGAUGCUAGACACAAUCUCGCCACAGUAUCUCGCGGACUUCAUCUCUUUCGGUGCAAUUGGCGCGCGCACCACUGAAUCCCAGCUCCACCGUGAGCUAGCCUCAGGGCUAAGCUUCCCAAUAGGCUACAAAAACGGCACAACCGGCAGCAUCGGCAUUGCCAUUGAUGCCAUCCAAGCCGCUUCCAGUCCGCACACCUUCUUGGGCGUUACCAAGCAAGGCAUGGCGGCCGUGACCCGGACAGCCGGGAACGAGCAUGGCCUCGUGAUCCUGCGAGGAAGUGUCCAUGGCCCCAACUAUGAUAAGGAGCAUAUUCGCUCGGCUAAGCAGGCGCUGAAGCAAAAAGGCCAGCGGGAGAACAUCAUGGUCGACUGUUCGCAUGCGAAUGCCGCUAAGAACUUCCAUAACCAGCCGCUGGUGGCGAUGAACGUCGCGGGUCAGAUCGCUCAAGGCGAGACAGCCAUUGUUGGUGUGAUGAUCGAGAGCAAUCUCAAUGAGGGUAACCAGAAGAUUCCACCGGAGGGACCGAGUGGGCUUAAGCCUGGUGUUAGCAUCACCGAUGCUUGUAUUAGCUGGGAAACGACUGUAGAUGUAUUACAGAAUUUGUCGAACGCGGUGAAGUCGAGACGUGUGCAAGUGCAGGCCGUCACUCAUUACACUAAAGAUGGUCUCACCUCUUUGGAGAAGCACACCGCGGGGAUCAUGGCUGUAUAG